GAAACGAAGAGUACUUUUAUAUUGAAAUCGCAGAGUUGUUUCGCAGCUGUUAUCUUUUUAUAUUGACAUGGCAUCUCAAGCCAGCCUCCUCCUUCAAAAACAGCUCAAAGAUCUUUGUAAGCAUCCGGUUGAUGGGUUCUCAGCUGGAUUGGUUGACGAGAACAAUAUCUUUGAAUGGAGUGUCACAAUCAUUGGACCGCCUGAUACUCUUUAUGAGGGGGGUUUUUUCAAUGCCAUCAUGAGUUUUCCACAUAAUUAUCCAAACAGCCCUCCAACAGUGAAAUUUACAUCAGAGAUUUGGCAUCCUAACUUUUAUCCUGAUGGGCGUGUUUGCAUAUCAAUUCUUCAUCCUCCUGGUGAUGAUCCAAAUGGCUAUGAGCUUUCAAGUGAGCGUUGGAUGCCAGUCCAUACGGUUGAAAGUAUUGUUUUGAGUAUCAUAUCAAUGCUUUCCAGCCCUAACGACGAAUCUCCAGCAAACGUUGAAGCUGCAAAAGAAUGGAGAGAGAUGAGAGACGAAUUCAGGAAGAAAGUUAGCCGCUGCGUGAGACGGUCACAAGAAGUGUUAUGAUCUGCGGCCUGCUUCUUUUUGUUCUUCUCUACAGUAUGUGUCCCCCGGGAAUGCCAUGAGUUCAGUUGGGUUUGUCCCUGUAGAAUG